ACAAAGAGUGGUCUUGUCCUGCAGUUUUUACGGUGCCGUUACGGGACUAUCGAAUGGGACAAAUCCAGGGUAAGGAGGGGGAGCUGGGCCAGGACAACAGCUCCAUAGGACUAAAGGAAAACGGACCAAGCCCAGACCCUGGGGGGCCAACGGAGGAAGGAAAUCAAGCUAUUGAGACUCACAGUGCCAGGACAGAUGAGGAGAAUGCAAGGUUGGAUGAAGGCCCAGGCAGGGAGUCACCAUCACCUCCACCAGCAGAGCACGGUUUGGAUCCUCAUGAUAAGGUGUGCACUCCCACGGACAGGGAGGGAGGAGAUGGGGAAAGAAAAGAGGGAGGAAGAAAGAGUAGAGAGGAAGGCAGGGCUGAACCUCUGGCUCUACAGCAGCUGAAUGGAAUCACACAGUCUGACACAUGCAAGCAAAGCACAUGGGAGUCUGGUGAACCUGGUCACGAGAGAAAAGACUGGCUGGAAGAGCAUACAGGACUUGUGUGUGACGCUCUUGGUGGAGCUGAAAGCCCUGAGAAAGCAGCAAGCCAGAGUCAAAACUGUGCUACAUAUCUAAAGGACGAAAUGGAGGCUGUUUGCGGAGAUGUUGACAAGCUGAAGUGCCAGGAUGGGGAAGAAAACAUUGAUUUCAAUGCUGUCUGUGAUGUUAACCUAACAAAUACAACUCCAAUCUUGGAGUGUUUGGAAGAAAAGGAGAUUUUAAAACCAUGUUGCGAAGAAGCCAACUUCACGGUUCAAGACCAUGCUUUAGUCAAUGUUGAAAAAGAGAAGAGUGAAUCACAAAACAAGAGGUCAUUUAACAACCCCAGCGCAUCGGACCCUGUAAUGACCUCAGAAAUGAAGACAUCAAAGGACUCAGUUCAUCAAGUUAAGGAAGGAAUAGAGAAGGUCGUAACAGAAAAAUCUAAUUCUGAGCGUUCCUCCCUGAAGAACAUCGAAACUCCAGAGCAAUUGGUGACAGAUGAAAACCAUCCAACAGAUGAAGUCAUAGAGACCAGAUUUAAUAGUUCAGGUGCAAAUUUACAAAGUAAAUCUGCGAGUCUGAGACGAGAGCAGAGCCCAGAGAAUCUCAAAACCUUGGAAGUGGCAUCCAAGUCACCUCAGGGUCAAGCUGAGAGCCGUCGACAAAUAUCUGCCGGUGAAUUCACACAGGACGUUCUUCACACAGAAAGGCAAUUUAAUGUGUCAGACUUGGAGAGCACUUGUACAAAGGAACCUUUACUUGAGAGAUCACCCGCUGGAGGUCAUGAAAAUAAAGAUGGCAUACGAGAGACUGGAGAAAUAGAGAAUCUGGAAUCUGCUUCAAAGCGUCUGUUUGGUUCCCGUGCAAAGAAAUCUGAGAUAAAAGAACUUUCUCUGCGUGGAACAGAAACGGAAGAGGGUUGUUUUGAACAGGGUGAAAACAAACCUCUUCUACAAAGCUAUGAAGAUGAGAAAUGUACUGCAUUCUCUGAAGACAUUACCGAUUCGUUAACCUCUUGUAAGUCUGAUGUUCAAGUUGUGCAAAUCGAUGAGAAAGAGGAUUCCCCUCUUUCAGCAAAGGCCAAAGUACACACAGAGAAAAGUCUGGAUGUGUGUUUGGCUGAAAGGAGUCCACAAGGGUUGAGGCAAAACAUUCAGGAGUUGAUGAAGGAGGCAGAUCCAGAACUUAACUCUUCUUUCCAGAGUACAGUGAUUGAUGUAGAUGAAGCUACUAAAAAGCAAAUAUUAGCAAGAGAUGCUACAGUUAACUCAGAUGACAUGACGUCAUCAGAGAGAGACAAGGUCAACAAGUCUGUUGGAAAUACCUUGAACUCAAAAACAGAAACAUCUGCAGCUGAUUCCAUCUCUGAGCUAAUUGCAGAUCCAGAUCACACAGAUGACAGGCCAAACGUGGACAGGAAAACAGAAGCCACUCUGUCUGGAUCUACUCUACUCCAAGAACAGUGUGUUUUAAAGACUUCAACAAAUGUUUUAACCCAUUGCAUUGUAAGCCCAGCGGACACAUCAGAUCAGGUCAGAGAUGACCACACUGCAAGAUCUGGAUUAGCAGACAGUGCGGAAAACACAUCUGCAAUUCAAGAUGAGCAGCAUUCUGCCUCCAUGUGCAGCCAAGCUAAUGAGAAACAAGACCAAGAACGUAUCAAGCUGCAGACACAAGCUAAUAAUCAGGUAUCAGCGGAGAAACAUUCAAGCCAGCUUGACCAAACGCAUGCAGCAGAAAGUGACCAGACCACCACCACCACAGAUGCAUCGCAGGGUGCGCAGAAAAAGCAUGUGUCAGAUAUGAUAAAGGAAGCUAUUGAGCUGCAGAAGAAGAUGAAAGAGUGGACCAAGCCAGCCGAGGCCCGGGUUGAUCUGACAUUAGAUCCUACACAGUCUGUGAAAGUAUCACAAAUGAAAGCAGCAUUUGAUCCACCAAAGAAAUCACCUGACAAAGCACUCGAGAGAAAACCAUCAGUGAGAAAAGAUAUGUUCAAACGGGUUGUACGACAGAGUAAGUUCCGGCAUGUGUUCGGCCAGGCGGUGAAGAAUGACCAGUGCUAUGAUGACAUCAGGGUGUCCCGGGUCACAUGGGACAGUGCAUUCUGUGCGGUUAACCCCAAAUUUGUUGCCCUAAUCGUGGAAGCCAGCGGAGGCGGAGCGUUCAUGGUUUUGCCUCUUCACAAGUCGGGUCGUAUAGACAAGGCCUACCCUACAGUAUGUGGUCACACCGGCCCGGUUUUGGACAUCGACUGGUGCCCUCAUAAUGACCAGGUCAUCGCUAGUGGAUCUGAAGACUGCACCGUCAUGGUGUGGCAGAUCCCAGAACAUGGGUUGGUGACUUCCAUGUCAGAGCCAGUGGUGGUUCUGGAGGGUCAUUCGAAAAGAGUGGGAGUUGUUACCUGGCAUCCCACCGCCCGCAACGUCCUCCUCAGCGCAGGUUGUGAUAAUAUGAUCAUCAUCUGGAAUGUGGGGACGGGAGAGUCUAUGAUAACUCUGGAGGACCAUCAUCCGGACAUCAUCUACAGCGUCUGCUGGAACCGCAACGGCAGCCUCAUCUGCACCGCCUGCAAGGACAAGAAGAUCCGCGUCAUCGACCCGCGCAAGGAAGAAAUCAUCGCGGAGAAGGACAAGGCCCAUGAGGGAGCGAGACCCAUGAGAGCCAUUUUCCUGUCUGAUGGCAAAGUGUUCACCACUGGCUUCAGCCGCAUGAGUGAGAGACAACUCGCCCUCUGGGACCCGGAGAACAUUGAUGAACCUGUUGCUGUCCACGAGAUGGACACCAGUAACGGAGUCCUCCUGCCCUUCUAUGAUCCUGAUACUAAUGUGGUCUACCUGUGUGGAAAGGGUGACAGCAGUAUCCGUUACUUUGAGAUCACAGACGAAGCUCCGUUUGUCCAUUACCUCAACACCUUUACCACUAAGGAGCCUCAGAGGGGCAUGGGGUACAUGCCUAAGAGAGGUCUGGAUGUCAACAAGUGCGAGAUAGCAAGGUUUUACAAACUGCAUGAGAGAAAGUGUGAGCCUAUCAUCAUGACCGUGCCAAGAAAAUCGGACUUGUUCCAGGAUGAUCUUUACCCAGACACGGCAGGUCCCGAUGCCCCUCUGGAGGCUGAGGAAUGGUUUGAAGGGAAGAAUGGAGACCCGGUCCUGAUAUCCCUGAAGCAUGGAUACAUCCCAGGGAAGAACCGCGACCUCAAAGUGGUCAAGAAGAACAUCCUAGACAACAAGAUGAGCAAGAACACAGAGAACACCACUCCUGCCCACAAGACUGCCACCUCCACACCAUCUAUCAAAAGCGAAGCUAAGCUGGAGGAGGUUUUGAAAGAAAUCAAAUCUCUCCGAGAGCUGGUCAGCAGUCAGGAAAAGAGGAUCGGCAAGCUGGAGGAGCAGUUGUCUAAAAUGGACAUCUAAAGGACCCUGCAGACCCCUCCCACUUCUUCUCUUCAGGAUUUCCCAUUGGCCAGGUGGGCGGGACCCGUCACUGCCAAUCACCAUGACAGCGUUCCGUCUGAAACCUGCCUCGCAAAGACUCCAACCAACAUUCCAAAAAUCACCUAUUCCUUUCGCAAAUCCCGUUUCCACCUCAGAGCCAUUUGGAAAACUAGAAACACCUUCCGUUUCGCUCCAAAAUUUGACCCGUUUCGCUUCUUACUCCAAAUCUUUCCGCAAACCUGGUGUUUUAUCUGGCAUUCUUGAACAGUCUUAAGGUUGUUUUCUUAUUAAAAAAUUGUGACCAAAACGUUUCGCAGUUAUAUGAACUUGAUGAGCUCAAAGUUUGAAGUAGCCCAUCAGUAUUGCAGUUUCCCUCUCGCCCUACUGAGUUGCCAAAUUUAUAGAGGAUUUUGCCACCUCCCUGACAGUAUUUGACCAGCUUUUUUAUGUUGUACUGAUAAGGGACAAAGCAAUAUGGAGGGGAAAUCACUGGAUUUUGUUUUUCAAAUGUUAUAGCUGUCUAUCUAGAGAAUAAAAAUAAAGAUUUUAAUCAAGCCGGCAAACA